AUGGCACCUUCAAACUCAAACAACAACCCCUCCGCAGCUCUUCCGGAGCACUGCUACUACGGUUUCGCAGUGAUCGAACACGAGCUCAACCCAUCCUCUCACCCCACGCCGACUCCACCGUUCGAUGACGAGGGCCAAGAAUAUCCUCUCUUUGUAACCUGGAACAUCUUGACACACAGCUCUGUAGGCCAACCCGCAUGUUCACCCGCUUCUCGACCCACCCCACGUCUACGAGGCUGCAUCGGUACAUUCGAAGCCUACCCUCUCGCUCAAGGCCUUGCCGAAUACGCCAGCAUCUCUGCCUUCAAAGAUGGUCGUUUUCCAGCCAUCACACAGGCUGAACUACCUCGUCUCGAAUGCCGGGUCUCGCUCCUGACUGGUUUUGAAGAAUGCGAGGAUUAUCUCGAUUGGCAGAUUGGCACGCAUGGUAUCUACAUUUAUUUGCCUAACCCGGCUCUUGCACCAAAGUCUUUGCUGGCCGGUGGCAACCAAGAUAGUGCUAGCUCUUCCUCUAGCUCGCCUUCUAGCACUCCUGCCGUCACUUGCCGCUUUGCAAGGCCAGAGGCCUCUCGACCGGCUCUUUUGACGGCGACCUAUUUGCCUGAUGUGAUUCCUGAUCAAGGCUGGACUAAAGUGGAAGCCAUCGAUUCGGCAAUCAGGAAGGCUGGCUUUGAUGGCAAGAUUACCGAGGAUAUUAGGAGGUCCUUGAGAGUGAGGAGGUAUAGGUCGGAUAAGGUUGAGAGAAGGUAUGCCGAGUAUGUCGCUUGGAAGCAGGGGCAGUGA